AUGGUGGUCAAACUCAUUCUCUACGCUGCCGUUGCGUUGUGCCUGGCAUAUCUCGCCCUCAUAUUCCCAAGGCUACAACAAGAAUGGAAGCUCUACUCCCACCGCUCCCAACUCCCCCCAGGCCCCAAAACCAUCAGAACCGGUAUCCGCAAACCAUGGCUCUGGUUCCAAGAACUCAGCCAACAAUACGGCGACGUGGUGUAUCUCCAACUCGGCCCAACACCAACCAUAAUCCUCGGCUCCGCGCAAGCAGCCUGGGAUCUUCUCGAAAAGCGCGGCGCCGUGUUCUCCUCACGCCCACGGUUCAUCAUGGGCGGUGAACUACUCUCUGGUGGCAUGAGAGGUCUUAUGGCGCCGUAUGCUUCGUAUUGGAGACGGUGGAGAAAGUUGCUGCAUAGUGGGUUUAUGCAGAGGCAGAGUGAGACGUACAGACCGAUUCAGAGCCUUGAGUCCAAGGUUUUGAUGUUUGAUCUUUUGAAGAGGCCUGCUGAUUUCAGGAUGCAUUUGGAGAGGUAUGCGGCUUCGGUUAUCGUUACGGUUACGUAUGGACGGAGGGUUGAGGAUGUGAGGAGUGAUAUUGUGGUGAGGCGCAAUGCUGAGGCUAUGGAGCGUCUGACCAUGGUCAAUAUUCCCGGAAAGUAUGCUGUUGAGCGUUAUCCUGCAUUGAAGUAUCUCCCUAGCUUCCUGGCCCCAUGGAAGAAGGAAGUUCUUCAGCAGCGUCAGAAAGAUAUCCAACUCUAUACCGAGCUUAUGGACGAGGUUCGCGAAAAGGUUGCCAAAGGUACUGCCCCAACCUGCUUCGCGAAACAUCUUCUUGAAGAGCAAGAGAGCUUAGGUAUGAGUGAUCUUGAAAUUGCUUAUACGGCUGGAUCACCCUUCGGAGCCGGCGUUGAGACGUCCGCGGGCUCACUCGCAAGCUUCCUUCUCGCCUGCGUCAAGUUCGGACCUCAAUUCAUCCCAAAGGCUCAAGAGGAACUGGACAGGGUAGUUGGAAGUGAUAGACUGCCCACGUUUGAUGAUCUGCCCAAGCUGGAAUACGUGAGAGCUAUCGCAUCCGAGACUCUCCGAUGGAGACCUGUUGCUGUGCUUGGAGGUACACCUCAUGCUAGCACUGCAGAUCACGUCUACAAGGGCAUGUUCAUUCCCAAGGGUAGCACCAUCAUCGCACCACUUUGGACCUCCGACUUCCCUGAGCCUCAUGAGUUUCGACCUGAGCGCUUCAUGGAGAAACGAGAGUAUCCCGGCACGCUUGGCCAUAGCGCUUUUGGCUGGGGUCGACGAAUCUGCCCAGGCAUGCAUCUUGGAGCGGCAUCGGUGACGCUUAACAUUGCACGUAUAUUAUGGGGCUUCGAAGUCAAUCCUGAGCAGGAUGAGAAGGGGCGAGAUGUUGAUGUUGAUAUCUUCGCUUACUCGGAGGGUUUCAAUUCGAGCCCGCUGCCGUUCCCUUGCUCAAUUACACCUCGGUCGGUAAAGCAUGCUCAGGUAAUUGAGACUGAACAUGGCAAUGCUCUGGAAGACUUGAUGGAGUAUACCGCCGUAACUAGUAAGAUAUCCUGA